UCUACUACGUGCAUGGCACACUAACGAACGAGCCCAUCUAACAACACCAACACAUACCACAUCUAUUAAAAACCUCUGAAGAAGCUUUUUCGCGAUUCAAUCGCACGCGCGUGUGACUGCACGCUGCGGAGGAGGCCAUGGAGAUGGCAGGCAAGAAGAAGAAGUUGGGCGAUCCGGCGACGGAGGCGUGGGCGGCGAGGGCCGGCGGCGUGCCGGGGAUGAGGAGGGAGGAGGAGAGGUUGGGCCGGGCAGGCGUGCUGCUCAUCGUGUGCCUGAUGACUCUGCCGUUUCUCGUCUUCUUUUUCUCCGGGCGGACCGGCGCUCCCGCCGUGUGGCAGAGCGCCGCCAAGCUGACCGCUGUCGGUGGAGGAUUACCAAACCAGCUCUCUCGUUCAAGUGCCACCGGCGCAAGCAACGCCGCCGCCGAGCUCUUCGGCGGCCUGCUCGCGCCGGGCUCCGACCGGCACGCAUGCCAGAGCCGGCACCAGUCCGCACGCUACUACAAGCACUCCCCUUACGCGCCGUCUCCCCAUCUCCUGCGCAAGCUGCGCGACCACGAGGCGCGGCACAAGAAGUGCGCCCCCGGCACACCGCUGUACGCCAAAUCGACCGCGCAGCUCCGUUCCGGCGGCCGCAGCAGCAGCACGGAGGCCAUGGAGUGCCAGUACCUCGUCUGGCUCCCCUACAACGGCCUCGGCAACCGGAUGCUGUCGCUGCUCAGCGCGUUCCUCUACGCGCUCCUCACCGACCGCGUCCUCCUCGUCCGCUCCACCGACGACUUCGCCGGCCUCUUCUGCGACCCGUUCCCGGAUGCCGCCGCCACUUGGCUUCUCCCGCCGGACUUCCCGGUCCCCGACGCCAACAUUUCCCGGCUCGGGGUGUACUCCGACGAGUCCUAUGGAAACCUCCUUGGUAGCAAGAAGAUAUCCAAUGAUCCCUCCAAGGCGACAUUGAUGCCGUCCUACGUGUACCUGCACCUGGCGCACGACCUUCGGCACACGGAUCGGCUCUUCUACUGCAACGACGACCAGCUCGUGCUCGCCAAGGUGAACUGGUUGCUCCUUCAGAGCGACUUCUACUUCGUGCCGGCGCUAUACGACAUGGCCGUGUUCGAGGACGAGCUCCGCCGGCUGUUCCCGGCCAAGGAGAGCGUGUCGCAUCUUCUUGGUCGCUACCUGUUCCAUCCUUCCAACUCCGUUUGGGGCAUGGUCAAAAGGUACUACCACUCGUACCUGGCCCAGGCAGAGGAGAGGAUCGGCGUGCAGAUCAGGAUGUUCUCCUGGGCGUCCAUCCCGGUCGACGACAUGUACAAGCAGAUCAUGGCGUGCUCCAGGCAGGAGCGCAUUCUUCCGGAAAUCGAAGGCGACGAGAUGGGCAAUACUACCGAUACCAACAACAUUGUCGGCAACGACAAGUCCAAGGCCAUCCUGAUCGCGUCGCUGCACGCGGACUACUACGAGAGGAUCAAGUCGGCGUACUACGAGCACGCGGCGAAGGGCGAGGGCCGGGUCGGCGUGUUCCAGCCGAGCCACGAGGAGCGGCAGACGGAGGGUCAGCGGUCGCACAACGAGAAGGCGCUCGCGGAGAUCUACCUGCUCAGCUUCUCCGAAGUGCUGAUCACGACCGGGAUGUCCACGUUCGGGUACAUGAGCAGCAGCCUCGCGGGGCUGCGGCCGGCAAUGCUGUUGACCGCGAAUGACCACAAGGUGCCCGAGACGCCCUGCGAGCGCGCCGUGUCCAUGGAACCCUGCUUCCACAUGACGCCCGGCGUGAAAUGCCAGGGGAAGGCCGUGGACAAGGAGGCGCUGUCCCGGCAUGUCAAGGCGUGCGAGGAUCUACCCAACGGGAUUAAGCUAUUUGAUUAGAAAGUUCUGAAACUACAGUAAAAAAAAAUUCUGGUGUUGUUAUUCAUGUACUCAGAAAAUGCAAGACAUGUAGAAAAUUCUGGACCGAACAUAGAGUACUAGCUAGUCGUGCUUUUCGGUGACUUCUGGGUCGGUGAGUUUGAUUCCCCAAGACAUGUCUUCGCAGGACCGGAGAUGGGGCACCAGGUUCCCUGUGUUAAUAAUGUUGUCAAUCU